UUUGUACUUAAAAGAUGUAUUUUGUAUUUUUUUUUUCCUUUAUUUAAAUAUAUAAGCACUCUUAAAUGAACUAACAUUCACCAAAACAAUGAACUAGGUAAUGAAGCAGAGUUUGGUAAUACUGUCAUGACUACUCCGCAAAGAAAUUUAGAUGAGUUUAUAUCCAACUUAACAAGGGAAGAAGACGACCUUAAGCAACAACUACAAUAUUUGAAGUCAAAAGGCAAGAAGCGCAAGCGAAUUGUUGAUGAGUGGUUUGACAAACUACAGAAUAUGAAACAAAGAUGUAUAUAUAUGAAAAACUCACUGAAUGAGUCUGGUCGGCCUAAUUUCAAUGUGCAAGGAGAAAUAAGAGAUUUGAUUAAAGGAAUGCAAAAUCAUAAGAAAUGCAAGCCUAUGGUGCUGUCAAAUGAAUUUGUUGGUAAGAAAUUCGAAGGGAAUGUGAAGAAGAUGUGGAAGCUUUUGCGAGAUGAUCAAGUUUUCAUUAUUGGCAUAUAUGGAAUGGGAGGGGUCGGAAAAACAUUCCUAGCAACUUAUAUCCAAUGUGAGAUAAUAAGAAGCAAAAUUUUUGAGGAUGUCUUAAGGGUAACGGUCUCUCAUGAUUUCAACAUCUUCAAAUUGCAACAACAAAUUGCAGAAAAAAUAAAGGUAAACCUCUGCAAAAGUGAUAAUGAGACUAGUAGAGCAAUAAUUUUAGAAUCAGAGUUGGAGAAAAGAAAAAACACAGUAAUUAUUUUGGAUGAUAUUUGGGAAUAUGUUGAUCUAGAAAAAGUGGGAAUUCCACUUGGAGUUGGAGUAAAGGGUAUUAAAGUAAUCAUGACAAGUCGCUUGAGACAUGUGUGUCAACAGAUGAAGUGCUUAUCAGAUAAUAGGAUAGAAGUGGGGGCUUUCAAUGCUGAUGAUGAAUAUGGAGAAGCUUGGGAGUUGUUUUGGCUAGGACUUCAAAACUUUGGGACACGUCCCAAACUUUCUCCUGAAGUGCGAAAUAUUGCAAAAUGUGUUGUAAGUAAAUGCGAUGGUUUACCACUUGCAAUAAGUGUGAUGGCUCGAAUCAUGAUAGGGAAUACUAGCAUCCAUGAGUGGAAAUAUGUCCUGGAUGAAUUUGAUGAAUGGUUAAUGAAAGCGGAGAUGAAGAAAGAAGUGAUAACUGUACUAAGACGUAGCUAUGACAAUUUAGCUGAAAAGAAGGUGAAAAAAUGUUUCUUAUACAGUGCAUUGCUACCUAAGUCUUUUGUUAGGGAAGAUUUGAUUAUGAUGCUGGUGGAUAUGGGACUCUUAAAUGGAAGGAGGAGUUUGAAGAAAAUAUUUAACAAGGGAAAUAACAUAGUGAAGAAACUCAUAAACCAUUCAUUAUUGUUGGAGCAUAAUUCAACUUUAAGAAUGCAAGGUCUGGUGAAGAAAAUGGCCUGGAAUAUCUUGAAGGAGAGUGAUGCUAACACGAUGCUAAAAUGUAAUGAAUAUAUGAAAAGCAUAUCUGAACUGGAAUGGCCAACUGAUUUGGAAACCGUUUCUCUUGCUAACAAUACUAUAGAAGAGAUUCCAUAUGGCACAUCUUUUAAUUGUCCACGCUUAUCCACUUUGCUUUUAUUUGACAAUUCAAUUGGACAUAUUCCGGAGGAUUUUUUCACAUACAUGAAUGCUCUAAAAACACUUGGUUUAUCAGAAAAGCAUAACCUAACAAGUUUGCCUCGUUCUUUAUCGAACGUGAGGUCUCUCACUUCUUUGAUGCUCUAUGAAUGUUCAGAAUUAAAUGAUAUACCUCCAUUGGGAGAGCUACAAUCAUUGUUGAGGUUGCAGAUUUCAGGUUGUUCUAUAGAAGCAUUACCGGAAGGUUUGGAAAAUUUAAUAAACUUGAAAUGGCUAGAUUUGUCCAAUAAUGUCAAUUUGGAAUUGGUACCAGGAAGUUUUCUCUCUAGUUUGACCAACAUUCAAUACCUGAAUCUCUGGCUUUGUUCAGGAGGUAUAGAAGUAGAAGAUGUAGAGAAGGGAUGACAAUGUUUGAAUGUUUUGCAGAAAGAUUUAUCGAUCACGAUAAUCUCAAUCGUUAUGUGCGAGAAAUCUUGUACAAUGCUAAUGGAACUCAAACUUAUUUAAUUGAUUAUCUUGAUUCGAAGCACAAUGGGCAUAAGAUGCCUCUUCGGGGCCGUGAAUCUCGACUUUCCACAUUUGAGUGUCGAACUGUGUCUUUUAUAGAUUGUAAAAA